AUGUUUUCGGCACGGAAUGCUGGCCUGCUGGCAUGUGCCUUCUCCACUGGAGCGCUUCUGGUUUGCCUCUUCUAUAUGCCAGCUUUGGUAGUGAAGAUUCAAAACAUCAACGAUCAGCUUCGAGUCGAUUCGGACGAGUUCCGCGUUAUCGCUGACAUGACAUGGACGGAACUGUCAAAAGCCCGACUCAGCGAUGCAGGAAGGAUUAGGAGACAGGCAUAUGGAGCACCGCCUCCACCACCAAAAAAGAGCACCUAUACAUUGCCGACAUCUUAUGUGAAGCAGGAUGCCUUUGUUGAACAAGCGGUGUGCAACUGCGAUCCUAAUAAUGCUUGCCCGCCGGGACCUCCCGGGGCUCCUGGAAAGCCAGGAAUGGACGGCGAGCCGGGAGCACCUGGAAAACCUGGAGCCCCCGGACUUGCUGGCAUUGCUCCUCCCGUUACGAUUGACCCUCAACAAGGUUGCCGCGUUUGUCCACAUGGUCCUCGCGGACCACCAGGACCACCUGGAGAGGCGGGACCAAUGGGACCGGAAGGAAUGCCGGGAAAUCCUGGAAGACAAGGAGAAGCUGGCCGUGAUGGAUACCCUGGACAACCUGGAAUUCCUGGAGAAAGCGGUAAACCAGGAAAAGUUGGAGAACCAGGAGCACCUGGUAGAGAAGGUGUCCGCGGUGCGAAGGGAGCACCCGGAGAGAAGGGAGAGCCAGGACCUCAAGGGCAGAAGGGACCCUCCGGAUAUCCUGGACGUGAUGGACAACGAGGACACGAUGGUGAAGUCGGGCCUGCCGGACCUCAAGGACCACCUGGCUUGCCGGGAGAGCGGGGUCAGCAAGGUGUUGCCGGAGCUCCAGGACAACCUGGGCCCGACGGCUCUUACUGUAAAUGUCCAGAACGAAGCUUGGGCGUCAACAAAUACGAGAAGCCAGCAGUGUCUGUUGAGCCGCCUUCAUACGAACCCGCAGCGGCUGUGCAGUCGCCAGCUCCAUCGUACGAGGCAUCUGCGGAGACUCCUCGUAGUCCGUAUCGCAAGUGGAAAUGGCUUCAAUAA